AGGGUGAAGAUUUCCUGGGUGUGUAAAAUGUCACAUGACUUGCCGUUCUGGGCGAUAAUGUCAAGAACUCCACUGCCCGGGGGCUCGGCUCACAGAUAAUAAAUACCUGCUACAAACAUGAGAUUCUCUUCAUUUUUUUUUUGCCGGGGCCAGCGGGUUAUGGGGGAGCCACGCGGAUAACCUCCCUGCCGGAGAGCAGCGGCGACGGCGGCGGCGCAGCCUGGCGUCUGGUGGCAUAAAGAAUAUCCCACGAGGAACGAUCCAUUGUAGAAGACCCAGAUCGCCAAACGUCACGGACAGAACUGCAGCCAACCGGCCGUCGCUGCUCCAGCAACAAGACCCCGGGCAGACGCCAUGAAAUUUUCACACUGCACCGCCCAGGAGAGACGGGACGGCGAGCCCCCGGGCAGGUCACGCACCACCUUCCACGGCAAAGAACGCAAGCCCAAGAAGCCCCACUACAUCCCGCGGCCGUGCGGCAAGCCCUUCAACUACAAGUGCUUCCAGUGCCCAUUCACGUGCCUGGAGAAAUCCCACCUGUACAACCACAUGAAGUACAGCCUCUGCAAGUACUCCAUCUCUCUGGCCGAGGGCGAGUGGCCCGGCAAGAGGGCAAAGGUCGCCAGCGUCCCCGUCGUCGGUCAGAGGAGACACGGCGCGGGCGAGGAGUGCGACAGGGCGGGAUCGGGUCCUGCCGUCUUGCACCCGAGCUUCGAAAGCGACCCAGAGAUCAAGUACUCCUUGUGGGAGAAAAACUCCGUUGGCUCGUCAGACCAGAAUGGGCCAGAUUCAGAUGUGGGGGGAAACCUGAGAUGGCUUAGGGAGCCGAAUUGUCCCUUUUCCUCAGAGCAGGGAUGCAAAGGUUUCCAAAAGUCACUCGACAUGAAGUGGAGCCAACAGUAUAAAACCCAGUUAUUGGUGGACCCUGACAGAGACGGAGGACACAUUUUAUCGUCAAAGCUUUCGGAGUCGACUUCCACCAAGCCCAGCUCGUUCACGGUGGACGACUUACAGAGCAGCUUCAGCGCCGUAAGAGCUGCGGACGCCGACUUCUCUUCUCCAGCGUGGAUGGUGACCGCGCAAGCCAAGCCCCUGCUGCACGCCCCGGCCAGCAUCGCCCACAGGCACUCGUUCCUGUGCUACCCGCCGGCGCUGCUCGCCAACCUGGGAGGCGGGUUCCUGCAUGACUCCAUGAGCCCUCAGUACGUGUUCAACCCAGGCCCGUACCAGUGCCUGAGCACGCUCAUCGCGGGCCCUCCCGUGACGGGCAACCUCAAUUACGUGACGCUGAUGCCUCAUGCGGCCGGGACGAUGGAGCCACAGCCGCCCCAGGUCUCGUCCAUCGGACGCUUCCAGACGGUGCUGCCAGGCCACCUUGACACACCGGCGCCAGCGCCCGUGAGGCCAGCGCACCCCGGAGCGGAGGGGACGGUUCCGGGGAAACCGGACGGGCUCGCGAAAGAGCCGCCGGCCGCGGCUCGGACACCGGAGCGGGAGCCACGCGGGAACAAAAACCCGCGAACGGCAACGUCUCCCGACGACGCGGGCGGAGAGGAGAGGGCAAAUUUCGGUUCGCAGCUGCGAGCCUCCGAGCGGACCGGGAACGGAAUCGAUGGUCGCAGCUCGCCGGUGGCGAAGGCGCGGUCCGGAGGCACGGCGAGCAAGCGGGCGGGACGGCCGCGUGGGAAUGUUUCGUCCCCCGGGCGGACGGUGAGGGGAGAGGGGACGGUGCCGGCCGACGUAGUGCCGGAUUCUUCGACGGGCCAGGAUCAUCGAAAAUAUUCAGGGCUCGUGAAUUUUGGGCCCUCGCCGUCGAAGCUGCUGCCAGUGGGUAACGUUUGCAGGACGGGCCUUCAGCAGGAGUCACCACGAAGCGAGCCAGACACAUCCCCUAGCCCAAGGGUAACCUCCGCCGACCUCCUCAGCACUCCUUCUCCUGCAGCCGCAGGCGCAGCGGCAGAAGCAGCGGCAGCAGCAGCUGCAGCAGAACGCCUGUACGUGCCUAGACAGGACGACAGCCGCCCCCUUGACUACAGCACCAGCCGGGACCUUCUCCCGUCGCUCGGUCUCUCCGGCUGCAGGACGACGACGACGACGGCGACGACGAUGACGACGGCGACCUCGGGGAGGGCGCCGCUGGCCGAGCACGGGACGGCGGCCGGCGUCGGGGCCGCCCUAGCGCACUCCGGUGGCCUUCCCCAGGGUCACGCCGCCACGUGCCACCUGUGGGAGAAGCUGGAGAGGAUACGGAAGGAGCUGCACAGCCUGCAGGAGGAGCUGCACCACUCUGCGAAGCGGCGGAGAGGGGGAAGUCCCGUGGACCUCUCGUCCCGGAGCGAUGGGGGGGGGGGGGGGUCUUCACGCGCCACCUCCACCGACUGACGACGAUUCCAGACGGGGGAAACACGACACCAACUAACGUCCGAGCACAGCAGCCAUCGUCAUCGUCGGCCAUAAUCAAUCCGCUGCUGGAUGAAAGCCUCCCCAAAAUCGCCGCUACGUCUCACGAUCCAGCAGUGCGACGAUUCCCCAUGCACCUGCACAUCAACUGACUGCGUUGCUCAAUCUACCUGAGGGGCAUUUUCAUCAGACACGUCCCCUAUUUUUUGGCUCCGAUUCCAUUACAAUUACUGACCAUCGGCCAUCAUCCCUUACAGCGACGUGUGCGGCCCAACCCCACUUACUGUUUGCAACAGCUUGGAAUUACUUCAUUAGCCUGCGUAUAUUCUCUAAUCCAAGCAUCUCUCUUUCUCUCUCUCGAUGUAAUUCCAAGCGCGUAUCCUCUCAUCGCUUCUUUGUGCACUCUUCGGUGUUUUGUCCAAAUAUUUAUCGCAUGUGAUAGAAAUGUGCACGAGCUGAUUAAACCAUUUCUUCUUUAGCUACAUCGGUUUUGUUUACUUUUCAAUCGCAAGUUCAGCUUUUCAAACCGAACUCCAGCCUGCUCUCGUUAGACUCGUUUAUGUCAUCAUUUUGAUUUGAGGAGUCUGUCUUUUAAUAUCUCAACUCCUGGGUACACACGCGAAUUUGUGGUCUCCUUGUUUGCCUCCGAGAAGGGGAUUUUGGGGUUGGACAUCUGUGUUAAAAAAAAAGCUUCACAGCUCUUCGGAUUUUUCCCAGGAUAAAUCAAUAUUCUGAUUCUGUGGACGAGAUGGGGCAUCCUCCAGGCUUUUGGCCCUGUGGACACCUUCGUGGCCACUCCCUGGACUCUCUCCCCUUCUCUCCCUCUCUCUCUCUCUGCGAUGUCGGGAUGUCUCACGGUCACCGACGCCGUGCCCCCAGUCCCUGCGGUGUUCACCCGCUAGCCCCGAGAUCCGGGUUCGCGUCGUGUCCCCGCGGUGCUCUCCUGCGGUUAGCGACGUUCAGAGUCUCGGGAUGCAAUUUGCAUGAGGCUAUAUAACAAUAUAUUAUAUUUUAAUUGUGUUUUUCCGGUUGCGUCCCUCUGACGCACAUCUCCAGUUUUCUACGACCCCGUAUUUCUGAUAAAUGUAAUCCUAAAUAAUAAUUUACAGCACUUUAUAUCAAUCCGCUGCUGGACGUAGGCCUUUUCAUGCCGUGUCGAUCGCGGGAGAUUUCUUGACGAUACUUGGUCAACGCUGGGCAGUGUGUGUUGUUGAAAGGGGUGGGACCCGGGCCAAUUUAGAUAUCACUCGCCACUGAUGUUAGCCGUGACCAUGUGUGAAAGUCGGGUAGUCAGGUUCAUAGCACAAUAAUGGGUAAUCACUCCUGCAUUGCACAGCCAUAGUUAGACACGAGGGGCCAUCCUCAUCCCCGAGGCCUCCCCCCCCCCCCCACCCUUGCACCCACUGUGUUGCCAGCAACCACCCGAUCCAAACAUUUGAGCCAACAGCUGGAAAUGUAAUAGGAUGGCAUUUGCUGCCACUUGUGGGUCACUACUCAGAUCUGUGCAAAGGUUCGGAUCAUGGGAAAAAUGUUCCCGAUUCUUCCGGUUCACCGCUCUUAUUUGUGCAAAGGGUUGAUCCAGAUAUCGCGAGUUUUGUGAGAAUAUAUUUUUGGUGUGUGGAAAAUCAGGACGUGGACAAAAGGAGUUUAUCUGUGUAACAGAUACAAUCACGGUCCCCGACUGCAUGGUGUAUAAACGGAUUGUAAAUCUGCGCGUAAGACUGUAAGAGUACCCGACCUAAACUCCCCCUUGUUAUUCCAAUCGUGCUUUCUAAGUGACAGUCAAUUACAGGCCUCGCGUCAUCGUUUCUGAGAACUGAAGUUGACGUCGGGGGCGGAAGAUAAAAAAACAGACAUCGUGCAUGCCAAAAGGGCAAUUAUCAGGUAAGACGACAAUUUACCCAUCCUACCUAACCCUCCAGACAUUUGAUAAGAUGUCACGAUUCCAUCCUCUUGAACAACUAAAAACUAUUUUUAGUUUUCCAGGCAAAGGCCCACUGAGCUAUAUAGCUCUUUUUCAGGAGCGAUCUGGCCACAAAUGAUAGCUUGGCGAGAAAUGGCUUAUCGCGUGGAAAUGUCUAGCAGCAGCCCAAAACUCUAAACAGCGUGUUGAUUCUGCAUGUGGAGGGAAAAACCGGAGGACCUGGAAAAAAAUCCACACGACCACGGAGAGAACACGCAAACUCCAAAACGUGCAGGCGUCAGGGCCGGGGCCGAACCCACGACCUCCUGUAUACCCGGCGAGGUAGUUAACAUCCCUCCACCGUGGCACCCCGUAAGUUUCACAGCCGUUUUACCGUCUCGCCUGAACGAUGCUUGUCCGUGCAAUUAAGAUAACCGCGACAGCGUGCCGUUUGCACGAGUCUCUGCUUCUAUUAUUGCAAACGUAAGAAGCAUCCUCAGCGGGCAGAUUGCGACGCACAGCGGAAUGCCAUUUGCUUCCCGCGCGAGUCCUCUCGAUGAUUUGUUUUCAUUUUAAAUCAAAAGAGACGCAAACGGUCACGAGCUGUAAAGGGUUUUUUUUAUAAGAUAACAAAAGUGGGAGUGCAGUAUUUUGUGACAGUGCAGAUGUGUGUGUACAGUAUAAAUAGGUCGACUCAGCCUCGAAUGAAGAGUACCUGGUGCUGUGUGCAAACAUCGCCACGGAGGGAGACAAAGGUAACCGGGCGUGGUGCUGGCCACCCAUCCCCCCCCCCCGCCCCGUGUGCCGCGUCGGCCUUCAUAGGGUGCUCCCUCGCUAACAGCGUUUUCCCCAACUUUCUGUCAAAGGCUACACGGGGGAUCUUUGUGUCACUACGGGGUACUUGUAUAACGUCUUUCUUAGGGAGGCGGUGUAAACAGUCCCAUCCCAUCAUCGCCACCACAACCACCACCAUCGGCCACUUUCCUCUUCAAUUCUAUGUUUCCAUGUCCUGUACUGAAUUGACAUUUCCCUUGCCGCUAUCAUUCAUCGCGCUGAUCAAGUUCGGAAUCGGAAAUUGCCUCCCAUGGUAUUCCCCUCCUCUUCCCAAGUUCACUUAAAGAAACGUAUUUCACUCCUAUCUAUUAUGCAGUCAUGAGGGCUGUUUGUUGCUGGCCGCUAGACACUUUAGAAAUGUUAGGGCCUUUGCUCAGCAACCGCAGAUU